UUAAGAGUCCAAGCGAGCACCAGAAAGAAGACGAACCGUCCGAUACUGAAGCUGCCUGCGGUCAAGCCAGUGGAGGGUUCGAAGCUGAGGGUCCAUUCUGCCACCACAAACUGCAUCAGGCAGCUGAGGAGCCAGGUGUCAGACCUGCAGCAGCAGCUGAGUGAAGUCAAUAAUGAGAACAGGCUGCUGAAGACAGUCCAGCAUCGCCACACAGUGGCACUACAGCACUUCCAAGACUCAGAGGGCAGCAUUUCACAGUGUUUCCUCACGAGCACCAGCACUAAAAUCACACUGUUCUGGUCCCAGGUCAUAGCCAAGCAUGACAGCGAGGUCAGGGCCCUUAAGGGCUUGCUCCGCGGCACCCGCAUGUGCCGGGACAACCUCGCCAGGCAGCUACAGGCCACAGAAAACAAGCUGCGUCACACAAAGGCCAAUCUACAGCACCUGCAGGUGCUCAGCCAGGACCAACGCCUCCUGGAGAGGGACGAGCUCACCCAGAGGCUGGCCCAGACCACGGCAGAGCUGGGAGAGAAGAAUAGGAGGAUUCAGGACAUGGAGAGGAAUCUUGAAUUGUGUCAAGCCUCGUUCAAACGCCAGAUAGCCACUGAACAAAGAAAGAUCAGAGAGGCAAGAAGUCUAUCCUUUUAUCUACAAGACCACAUCAUUCAGCUGACCAGAGGAAUCCAGGCAAGUAGAGAAAACAAGGUUAUUCAGACAGAUGGAUUAGAAAGGACGCCAUCAAAAGGAUCAAAGCUGUUGUAUGAUCUGAUGAUCACUUAUUCUGAUAAUGAAGAGGGGCCCGAACAGCAGGAGAUCUCUGUCAACUGGUCGUUUAACAAUCAAGAGGAGGAGUCAAUGAUAGCAGAAAACCCAGUCAGAGAGCUUUCCGCACGAGAGGAGAUCCACCAAGAGGAGAUCCACCAAGAGGAGAUCCACCAAGAGGAGACUGAGACAUAUGAAGUAGACAAGAAGCACUUUAAACAAGUUGUAUUAUGUCUCAUUACAGGCAGAUGUGUGUCCUUAGGUCUCUCUGAGCUGUUCAAAGAGAACACAAGUGAGAGCAGCUGCACAGAAGAGAGAUCAGAAGACACCCCAGAACAUCAAAUUGAGGACAACUGUUCGUGGAAUUGUGACUGUGUCUCUAACUGUGCGUCUAAUCCCAUGGAGCCAUUGGAGCCAGCAGGGGCCCCACAGGUGUUCCAGGAGCAGGAAGCAGAGCAUGAGACCGAAACAGCCUACAUUUUAGAGAAGUCUCUUGAAGCAAUGCAACUGGAAACAAAAAAAUACAAGCUCCCAAAAAUCAGACGCAGGUACACAUUCAAACAGUCUAUAGAGAACCUGCAUAAUGGAAAGCCUGCCUACAGCUUUGCCGAGCUGUUCCCAGGUGAAAACACCACGAGCACAACAAAGAUGGUGGACCUCUGCAGUGACAAUAAGGACCUCUGUCUAUCAGAGGGUAAACUCAGGGGAAGUGGAGAAGAAUGUUCUCUGCCUGAGAUAAAGGAAGUUGGAAGAGUAAGCGUGAGCUUACGUUGA